CCUGCUCCAGCCUCACACCCCCAGCCCACACUGUCGGCCUGUGGCAGGCUCUCCUCUCCUCUCAGCAUCCUGUCCGUGGGUGCCUGGCGGCCAGGAGCUGCCAUGCUCAGCCCCUCUGACCCCGAGAGCAGCCGCAGCCCCGGCGUGCUGAGCCUGGGGGCCAGCAGCAGGGAAGACGCAGAGCCAGAGGGAGAGGAGAAGAUCUGCGCCGUGUGCGGCGACCGAGCCACCGGCUACCACUUCCACGUCAUGACCUGCGAGGGCUGCAAGGGCUUCUUCAGGCGGUCCAUCAGCAAGGGCAUCUGCUUCACCUGCCCCUUCACCCGCAGCUGCACCAUCACCAAAGCCAAGCGCCGGCAGUGCCAAGCCUGCCGCCUGCAGAAGUGCCUGGCCGUCGGCAUGAGGAAGGACAUGAUCAUGUCAGAGGAGGCUCUGCAGAUGCGCCGGGUACUGCGGAAGCAGAAGAAGCAGGAGCGGGAGCUGGCUGGGGAGCAGGAGCAGCUGACGGAGGAGCAGGAGCAGAUGAUCGGCAUCCUCAUCGAGGCCCAUAAGCGGCACUUUGACUCCGGCUUCUCCCAGUUCGUGCAUUGCCGGCCUCCAGUGCGACUGUACAUCCACAACCUGAGCCCUCACAGAUCCCAGGAGACCAGUGUCCCCCAAGUCUUGCGGGGGCUCUCCCGUCCUGAGGGCAGCCCCCUGGCUCCCUUGCAGAGCCUGCCGGAGGACAUGCUGCCCGACGUCUUCUCCAUGCUGCCCCACUUCGCCGAUCUCAGCACCAUCCUCAUCCAGCAAGUGAUCAAAUUCGCCAAGGAGAUCCCAGCCUUCAGGAGUUUGCCCAUCGACGACCAGAUCUCGCUUCUCAAAGGCGCCACUUUGGAGAUCUGCCAGAUCCAGUUCAACACGGUCUUCAACGAGGAGACCAACGCCUGGGAGUGCGGCCAGCACUGCUACACCAUCCAAGAUGGUGCCCUGGCUGGGUUCCAGCAAAUCUACCUGGAGCCGCUGCUCAAGUUCCACAUCAGCCUGAGGAAGCUGAGACUUCACGAGGCCGAGUACGUGCUGCUGCUGGCCAUUGUCCUGUUCUCGCCUGACCACCCUGGCAUCACCCAGCACGACACCAUCGACCAGCUGCAGGAGAAGAUGGCCCUCACUCUGAAGAGCUACAUUGACCAACGGCACCCGCUGCCUGAAGGCAGGUUGCUCUACGCAAAGCUGCUCUUGCUGCUGACGGAGCUGCGGACGCUCAAGGUGGAGAACACGCGGCAGAUCCUGCACAUCCAGGACCUCACCAUCAUGAACCCGCUGCUCUCGGAGAUCAUCAGCUAGAGCCUGGGGACGAGACACACUGGCCCGGGGCCCCCCUGGCUGGGGCUGGGACCCUACCUCUUUCCAGACCCACCGGCUGCCCGGGAGCUCAGGGUCUCCACGGCUCAGCCUGCGGCCAGACCCCACUGCCAGACUUGUGGCUCCCGACUCCUGGGCCC